GCGGCGGCGACAGGGGCUCCUCAAUCGGUAGGGAAGGGUGUCCCACUGCUGCUCUCUGAACGCGAAUAAAAACACCAGCAGAGAGGAGAAAAUAGCGCUGAAUUGUCCCACAGAAGUGCCGCUGGAAACUCCGAUGGAUUAAUCUGAAUUUUCUUCGACAGUAGAGAAUGGGCUGUGUCCAAUGUAAGGAUAAAGAAGCAGCUAAACUCACCGAUGACAGGGAGACCAGCCUCUCACACAACUCGGGGUACCGUUAUGGGUCCGACCCCACACCUCAGCACUACCCCAGCUUUGGGGUCACCACCAUCCCCAACUACAACAACUUCCACAGCGCAGCCACGCAGGGGGUGACGGUGUUCGGAGGAGUCCACACGUCCUCACAGUCAGGGACGCUGCGAUCCCGAGGGGGGACAGGGGUGACUCUGUUUGUGGCUCUUUAUGACUACGAAGCCAGGACCGAGGAUGACCUCAGCUUCAGAAAGGGGGAGCGGUUCCAGAUCCUCAACAGCACGGAGGGAGACUGGUGGGAGGCUCGCUCUCUCACUACAGGUGGAACUGGUUACAUUCCCAGCAAUUACGUAGCUCCAGUGGAUUCAAUCCAAGCUGAGGACUGGUAUUUUGGUAAAUUAGGCCGAAAGGAUGCAGAGAGGCAACUGCUCUCCAACGGCAACGCCAGAGGCACUUUCCUUAUCCGUGAGAGUGAAACAACCAAAGGGGCCUACUCUCUCUCCAUCCAGGACUGGGAUGACAUCAAGGGAGACCAUGUCAAACAUUAUAAAAUCCGCAAGCUGGACAGCGGCGGUUACUACAUCACCACCAGAGCCCAGUUUGAGACGCUACAGCAGCUCGUCCAGCACUACUCUGCGAGGGCUGCGGGGCUGUGCUGCCGGCUGAUCGUGCCAUGCCACAAAGGCAUGCCUCGCCUGACCGACCUGUCCGUCAAAACCAAAGACGUGUGGGAGAUCCCGCGGGAGUCGUUGCAGCUCAUCAAACGUCUCGGCAACGGCCAGUUUGGAGAGGUCUGGAUGGGAACGUGGAACGGCACCACCAAGGUGGCGGUGAAGACUCUGAAACCCGGAACCAUGUCACCCGAGUCCUUCCUGGAGGAGGCUCAGAUCAUGAAGAAACUGCGACAUGACAAGCUAGUGCAGCUGUACGCGGUGGUGUCCGAAGAGCCCAUUUAUAUCGUCACUGAGUACAUGAGCAAAGGGAGUUUGCUCGAUUUCCUGAAGGACGGAGAAGGACGAGGCCUCAAGUUGCCAAAUCUAGUGGACAUGGCAGCUCAGGUGGCAGCAGGGAUGGCAUAUAUCGAGAGGAUGAACUACAUCCACAGAGACCUGCGUUCUGCCAACAUUCUGGUCGGAGACAGCCUGGUGUGUAAGAUCGCUGACUUCGGUCUGGCCCGACUCAUCGAGGACAAUGAGUACACGGCAAGACAAGGGGCUAAGUUUCCGAUAAAGUGGACCGCUCCUGAGGCUGCUCUCUACGGGAAAUUCACCAUUAAGUCAGACGUGUGGUCGUUCGGCAUCCUGCUGACAGAGCUGGUAACGAAGGGCAGAGUUCCUUACCCAGGUAUGAAUAACCGGGAGGUCCUGGAGCAGGUGGAGCGGGGCUACCGGAUGCCGUGCCCACAGGACUGCCCCACCUCGCUGCACGAGCUGAUGGUGCAGUGCUGGAAGAAAGACCCGGAGGAGAGGCCCACCUUCGAGUACCUGCAGGCCUUUUUGGAGGACUACUUCACUGCCACUGAGCCUCAGUACCAGCCGGGGGAUAAUCUCUGAGCGGCGCUGCUCUCAUCUCAUGCCAUUUCACGGGUUUUCCCACUAGAGGGAGCCAGACACCACAUAUUCUCUCCCAUCAUGUGGCUCUAACAAUCUGAAAGCUCAUUGACUGACUUCCAAGCUUCACACACACAGGGACUGACAGCUGCUACGACAGCAAACUGACUAUCAGAUGAACGGAUGCUUUUGGAGGCGGACGAGGGCGCCGAGAUGACUGAAGAGUUAAAAAAAAAUGACUGCCAUGGAUGAACGAGAUGAGACGAGUUGUGUAACUUGUAUGUAAUGUAAAUACAAAUUGCUUGUUUACUUAUCUCUUUUUGUUUCAUUUUCUAUUACUUUUGAUAUUUUGGAAAUGUGUGGAUUUUUUUUUAAUCCGAGGUCAAAGUUAUUUCAGAUAUACAGCUCGUAGAAUACGUGUGAGGCUCACAGUCGGUAACAAAUCGUAACAUAAUAAUGACAGAGUACGGAGCUAAUUUCCUGCUAAAACUUAAAAGCAAACGAAACAGGUUUCACAAAUUCCCAUGCGGUUCACGAACAGACACAGUUUGGUUUGUAAAUAGAAAAUAUUCUGACCAAAUGUCAUAGCACUUUUCCAAUACAUCAUGCUUCAGAACCACUACAGCUUUUAUCUCAUCUUUCCACUGUUUGUGCUCAUUUUUCACAUAUUUAAUUCACCUCUACAACAGCAGGAGGCGCUAUGAGUAAAGUUAGUUCUGUCAAAAUCAGCUCUGACAAAUAUCCCCCAUUUCAAGUUUAUUUUCAGACAUUACGAGGAUCCAGUAAUGUCACCAACUAUAUAUAUAUAUAUUUGGGAUGUUUUUGCUUAGUAUGUCUUAUUAUUGCAUUUGAUUCCUGCAGUUUUCAGAAUUUCAUAUGAGAUUCAUAUUAAUCUGAAAUAAUAAUGUGUCUAACAUGUAACUGACUCCCACUAUUUCUUGCUGUUGUGAUACAAAGGAGUGGGUAAAGGUGAAAAUCAGAUUAUUUAAGAAUAACGUGGGAAUAUUUCAAUGAAACGGCCACAAAUUAUGAGAAAAAGAUAUUUUUUUAUGGGAAAAAUGCUUAAUAUUACAGGUAAACCAAACACAGCAGUCUACAUUCAACAGCUGCUAUUUGUAUUUGAUAAAAAUACAGUUUUUUUUCUUGAAACAACAGCGUUUCUGUCAUGUGAAUAUCUCACACCACAUGUUUUCUGUUCUUUUUUGUUAAGUGGUGAGUUUUGUGACUUGUUCUCAUAAGUUUCUUUGUACAAUAUCAUAACUUGAAUUUAAAAUCUCAAUAUUUCAGUAGAAGGAUUGACACCAUAAACACGGUAGAAACACUGUGCCAUUAUUAUAUUUUUCUCGCUGUAUGUUCCAUAAAUUCAAUAUUAGCAAAACAAUUGCAUUUCUUAGUUCAUUGUGUUUUGUUUUUGAAAACUGUAUUGUGUUUGGUAGUGAGCUGCAGGGCAUUUACAAAACAUGUUUUCUUUGUUUGUCAAGUUUUGGCUUGAAAUGAGCUCCACAGUAGAGUUGGAAAUAGUUAGAAAUUGUGGAUUGAGAUCUCAGAAGUUUUUCUGAGAGUCCGCUGACCUUUUUUUACGAGGUUAAUUUAACAAUACUGCUAUCCUCUUCUCAAGGAACUUAGAUGUACUAUAACACCUGUUCUUGCCUUUUCAUGUUUAGUAAUACUCUUAUAAUGUAAGGGAAUGCCUUCAUGCUUUCUACACACUAACUAUAGUGCAUCAUGGACUUCCACCCAACUUGUAUGACAUCUGCACUGGUAUGAGGUGCAUCCAUCGCAUUUCAGCUUCAGCCAAUGAUUUUUAGAUCGGCUUCAAGUGACUUUUAGUUCAGCUUCAUGCAGUUGAAAAAGGGCUCCCAACCCUUUUCCGACUGCUUAUUACCUUGAUGAUAUUUUAAUAUGUAUGUUGCUCUAUUGUAUUGGCAGUAGGCUGUGUAAGAAUUCUGCUUCUUUCUGCUUCAGCGGCCAAACAAACAAACAAAAACUGCCACUUACAUGACAGGAAUGAAGGAUGUGUACUUGUGUUUGUCCCUCCAUGGUGUGUAUCUGGAAAUAACAUGUUGUUUAAGAGACCAAACAUUUUUCAUUUUGUUUUAUUAUUUUUGCUCAACAAUGAUUUUGCUCAACCGGUCUUAACUGUGUCUGUAGUUUAGGAUUACACACGUGUAUUGCCAGGGCAGAACACGGCUCUGGGUGACAUUUUAUCAUCUUAUGUAUUGUCAUUACAGACGAUGCACCACCUCUGUGUGUGUUUUGUUGCUUUUCAUGGGUGGAAAAGUGAAAGAAACAAUCACUUUGACUCCCCUUAUUUGGUAGAUAUACAGUAAAUGUCUUGGUCUCUGCAUUAUUUAUUGUCUCUGUCUGUUACUUGUACACAGCGGCUGGUUUGGAAAUAAACAAUCUUGCCAUCAUC